GCUAAAAAGAGAGGUUAGUGUGUGUGAGCGUAUAUAUGUUUGAUGGUGAAGCGAGGUAGACCCAAAUGGGAGGUAUCUUUAGGGGGUGGUCAGCACAGCACGCGUUGUUUUGCUUCUUGAGCUGAACAACCUAACGUUUUUUGGUUGCGUGCUUUAUGCCCUAUUUCCUUUUCCUUUUUUGGGUUCUUGAGAAUCUCACUUGGUUUAUCAUCCUCUGGAACCUCUAUAUACCGAGAGAGAGAGAGAAAAAACCAGUAAAGAAAAAGUUGUGAAAAGAGUAAAGCUAGAUAUCAAUUCCAUGCUAUAAUAGCUCCCUCGACUCACUACCUUUGCUUUUGGUUGUUAUUUCUCAUUGGGGUUUCUCUCUCUUUGCUGAGAUAUCGAAGUCUUUCAGACACUUCAAUACCCCCGAGUUUUCGGUUCAGAGGUCAAAAUAACUGUUUCCUUGUUGAUUUGAGGAUGUUGGUCUUCAUGGUUUUGAGCUCUGGUUAACUUCUCAAGGUAGAGUCGAGGUCAUUUUCCAUCCGAUUUGUUUCCAGUAAACUCCUUCCUUCUUAAAGAUGGAGGGAUCUGCAGGAAAUCACGAGGUCUACCCCCAGUUUCUAGAUUUCAUUCCCAAAGAAAGAGAGUGGCUUGUGAACAGAGAUGGGCAAAGGCGUCAUGGUCCCUCAGAGGAGAAAGAGUUGGAACUUAGGCUUGGUCCCCCAGGUGAUCAGGACUGGUCUAUGAGAGAUAGCACAAGGAAAAACCCAGGAGAUAAAAGUGAGUCUCUACUCUCUCUUGGGUACUUCUCUUCCAUGACCCAAAACAUAAGCAAUGGAAGCCAAAACCAGAUGUUCUCUGCCUCUGAGAACCCAGUAGGGGCUGUUAUUUCAUCUCCAUGGUCUUCUUCGGCUUACGGUUACCGAGGAAAGACCCUGCACAACCAACAGCAGACAAAAGUUCCAUCUUUUCUGCAGUUAACGUCUCCCCUUCAGGGUCUGCCCGUUGUGGCUCACGAAGCAUCGCAGCGCUGUUGCACUGAAGCGGUAGACAUACAGGGUGCAGAGAAGAAAGCAUUUUCGCCAUCUUCUGCAACGACAGCUGUGCCAAACAGCUCUCAGAAAAGGACUGCUCCUGGACCAGUGGUGGGCUGGCCUCCAAUUCGAUCAUUCAGGAAGAAUCUUGCGAGUGGCAGCUCUUCAAAACCAGCUCCUGUUUCUCAAAAUAGGGUCCCAGACAAGGUUGCCAGUCGAACACCGGUUGAAACUUGUCGAAAAGGCCUAUUCGUGAAGAUCAAUAUGCAUGGACUGCCCAUUGGACGGAAAGUGGAUCUUAAAGCCUAUGAUAGUUAUGAGAAACUCUCCUCUGCUGUUGAUGAACUCUUUAGAGGUCUAAUUGCAGCUCAACAAGAUUCUUGCCCUGCUGGAAACCAGAACAAGCAAGAGGAAGAGAAAGCCCUAACCGGUUUAUUGGAUGCAAGUGGCGAAUAUACUCUUGUUUAUGAGGAUAAUGAAGGAGACAUGAUGCUUGUUGGGGAUGUCCCAUGGCACAUGUUUAUAUCUACGGUGAAGAGGCUGCGCGUGUUGAAGAGCUCUGAACUCUCUGCACUUAGCCUUGGGAGCAACAAGGAAGAAAAGGUACGCCACUAGACUCCCCGAUGAAGUGAAGAAACCAUUACUGUUAAUCCCUUGAUCGCUGCUGUUGUUUGAAGGGAGAGAUUUGAUUUGUCGGUUUGACAUUUUGGUGCAUAUUUUUCGGUGGUGAGGAACAGAGGAAUCUUCAGCUCAAAAGUCAAAAGUAAUGUAUCAAAACGGCCAGACAAAAUGUUCUGAGAAUACAUUAUUAUUAUUAAGAAACGAGUAACUUCCGAUA